AAUCAAGAGAUACGCUAACAGUCACAUUGGACGUUCGAAACUGAUACACGUCUUUGGUAGUCAGUGAUUUUAAUAUUAUUUAAUCAUAUUGAUUAUAUUGUAAAUUAUCUUUGAAAAAUUGUGAUAUCUCGCUACUAAGUUCAACAUUUUUCUCAUGAAUACAGUGCUAAAAAUUUGACCACCUGUGUUAAAGCUUAUCAAGUGAAGUUAGGUAAAUAAAUACACAAAAAAUGUGGAUUUUCGUGACGAUUUUCUGGAUUUUAGUAACUCUUCUACUAAUCAAGAUAUCCAAUAGACUCUCUACGGGCAAAUGUUACGCUGACACAGUGAUGAGUGGGAAGGUUGUCAUAGUAACAGGUGCGAAUAGUGGUAUAGGAUAUGCUACCUCCAUGGAGCUUGCUCGCCGAGGAGCUAAGGUGAUUUUAGCUUGUAGAGACGACAGCAAAGGUUACGCAGCCGAAAAAUCCAUAAGGAAAAUAACGAAAAAUCCUUCAGUAAGAUACCAACAUCUCGACCUAAGUUCCUUUGCGUCUAUAAGGAAAUUCGUAGAAGAUUUCAAAAAUGCUGAGGCUAAAUUGGACGUGCUGAUUAACAACGCUGGAGCAAGUGGUAUGGGCAGUUGGAAGACUAAAGAUGGGGUUAUCAGGGACAUGCAAGUGAACCAUUUCGGCCCGUUCCUCCUUACGUUACUUCUCGUGCCGAUUUUGAAGAAGUCAGCACCAAGCCGCGUGAUAAAUAUGUCGUCGUUUUUGCAUAAAUUCGGCACCAUUAACAAGAUAAACGAAGAAGGAGUUUACGGAUACUUGAGAACAUUUUGCAACAGUAAAUUGUGCAAUGUUCUCUUUAGCAACGAACUGGCGAGAAGACUAGAAGGCACAGGUGUGGUUGUGAACAGCCUAAACCCUGGGCAGGUUAAUACAUCUCUGUAUAAAGCUACUAUUAUAGAGAAGUUGAGAUGUCUUGUGCUUUAUACGUUCUUCAAGAGUCCAGCGGAGGGAGCUCAAACGUCGAUCUACUUGGCUGUGUCUGACGAGUGUGACCAAGUGAGUGGGAGGUACUUCGAAGACUGUGCUGAGAGAGAUAUGUCUUGGAAAGCGGAAGACCGCGACUUGUGCGAAAAAUUGUGGGGGAUAUCUGAGGAACUCGUUGGGUUAAGACAGGACGAGAGGGUUUAGGUAGAUAUAAUGUAACAAUAUGAAUUAUGUUAUAAAAUGUUCAUCAAUUUGUGAAGUUUUAAGUGAAUUUUCCAUCAACUCGCAGUGAAAAUUUGUGGAUAUGCUAUGAACUUACAUGGUUGGCCCCACCUUUUGGGGACCAAAUACUCCUCUAUGUUUUACAAUAAUAUAUAUUAAUGAUACCAAAUCAAUUGUCUAUUUAAACAGGAAAUAUUUCGUGUAAAUACAAUGUAAAAGUGAAAAUGUAUAAGUUAUUAAGAACACCUUAAAGCUAAACACUCAAAACGACAGAUAUUAGCCAAACCACUGCAAACAAACGUAUUAGUGACAAAAUUGAAUCGCAUCAUAAUAUAUAGAUAUACGAAGACGCUUUGUUAACAUUGUGUGCCUCUUUUUGUGGAGCAGCGUGGUGGAGUAUGCUCCAUACUCCCUCCGAUUGAUUGAGAGAAGGCCUAGGCCCAGCAGUGGAACGUAUAUAGACUAUUUAUAACUUAUGUUUUUCUAUAUCUUUGUUACUACCAUAGCUGUCUGACAAUAUUUACUAACAGCUGGGCUGUUAUUGGCUUUUUAAUCAAUAAAUUAUCAUUAUUAA